CGUGCCACGUCAUCCCGCCAUUAAUGUCCUCAAAGACUCAAAACUCCAUUGGAAGCGAGCGAGCGAGCGAGCGAGAGAAACAAAAAGUCUUGAGUUUUUAAUGCAUUUUGUUGGAGAUUUCACCGUAAAGCUGAAAUCUUUGUUGUUGUUUUCCUUUCGAUUUCCAUGAUUUUGAAGUUCUUUGCUUCGAUUACGAAGUUAUUAGCUCUCAGAUGAGGAGAAGAAGAAGGAGAAGAAGAGUUUGAGUGUUUUUUCCCAAUCGAAACCCAAAUCAUUUGGUGUUUAUCUUCUGAUUCUUUGUUUGGAGCUUAACAGGGCAGAGGGGAGCACGCUUGCUUUAAGAGAUUGUUUUUUGUGAAAGGGAGUGGUUUGGAAUCGAGCUUCUGGAAGAGAUUCACUGGAAACUCCUCGUUUUCUUGGCGUGUUCCCAAUUUAUUGCUUGGAUGCGGACGAAGACCAUUCUCAUGGGAACCACUUGAUUGAAUUUUAGCUCAGAAAAAAAAAUUAAAAAAAAAAAAAUAGUGGUGGUGUGUGUUCCUCUGUGCCAUUUGUUCCAAGAGAGCCUGCUAUCCCUUUGAUAGUUUUAAUUGGCGACUGAGGACUUUGUGGUGCUUCAGUAAGCUCUGGUCCCUGCUCAAAGAGUUUCUGAAUUGUCUUUUGUUUCAUUCUGUGGAUGGAGGUUGAUCCCUUGCUGAAGGAUCUCUCGGAGAAGAAGCAGAACUUCAGGAGAAGUGUUGUCUCAUUAGCAGCUGAGCUCAAAGAUGUCAGGGGCCGGUUGGCUUCACAGGAGAAAUCCUUUGCUCAUGAGACCAUGACUAGAAAGAUGGCAGAGACGAAAGCUAUGAACAUGGAACUGGAGGUGGGAAUGUUGCAAAAGUGUUUAGAGGAGAAAAAUGACUGUUUGCAGAAAUCUGCUGCUACUUCAGAGCAGUAUAUCAAGGAGUUGGAUGAUCUACGAUCACAGCUUUCAAUCACACAAGCCACUGCUGAAGCUAGUGCAGCAUCAGCAGAGUCUGCUCAAUCUCAAUGUUUGUCCUUAUUAAAAGAACUAGAGAGCAAAAACAAUUCACUGAAAGAGCAUGAGAUUCGAGUCAAUAAACUCGGCGAGCAAUUAGAUCUUCUGCAGAAGGACCUCCAAACAAGAGAACUAUCACAGAGACAACUAAAAGACGAAAUCAUAAGAAUAGAAGAAGAGAUCAUGGUUGCAAUUGCCAAGUCUGGAGCUGACAAAGACUCUGAACUCAUGAGAAUCUUAGAUGAAGUAUCUCCCAAGAACAUCGAGAAUAUGAAAAAACAUCUCAACUCUAAAGAUGAAGAAAUUAUCAGAUUGAGAGAUGAGAUAAGGUUCUUGUCAGCACAUUGGAAGCAGAAAACCAAGGACUUGGAAUCCCAGAUUGAGAAACAUCGCCGGGCCGAUCAGGAACUGAAGAAACGCAUUGUAAAGCUUGAAUUUUGUCUUCAAGAAGCCCGAUCGCAAACAAGAAAACUUCAGAGGGUAAUAUAUCAUAUAAUCAUUUUGCUGCCAUUGUGCAUAGCUUUGAAUCAAGAUUGUGAUAUAUAUCACUUAUGUAAACAGAUGGGAGAGCGACGAGACCAGGCUUUGAAGGAAUUGAGAGAUCAGUUAGCAAUGAAACAAUGCAGUUGUAUCGACAAACCGAAUUUUUGGGAAAGCUCUGGUCUUAAAGUCAUUGUAUCAAUGUCUAUGUUGGUCUUAGUUGUAUUUUCAAGGAGAUGAAAAAACUUGUUUCAUUUCCAUGUUAGUUUAUGUAUUAAUGAAUCAAUGGUAGAACAAGUUUAUAAUUUCUAAAGUUUAUAUUUUCCAAAUCA